AUGGCGGCGUUGUGCAGGGUCGUGACUGGGCUCCGGUUGUCCGUCCGGUCCUUCUCCAACGGGCUCCUCAGGAGCUCGUUCAGCUCGGAUUCCAGCUCUGCGGACAGACCCAGGUCCGGCUUCGCCGCCGCCUUCGACCAGCAGACGGAGCUUCAGCGGGGGGAGAGCUCCGCGGCCGGCCCGAAGGGCUCCUUUCCUGGCCGGGAGGACUGCUUCGCCUCGUUGCUGCGCCGGUCCCCGCUGAUCCAGAUGGGUCCGGCCAAAGACAGGGUGGUAGUCGGGAGAAUCUUCCGCGUGGUCCAGGAUGACCUGUACAUCGACUUCGGUGGGAAGUUCCACUGCGUGUGCCGGCGGCCACCCGGAGGGGAGAGCCUGCAGCGGGGCUCCAGGGUCCGUUUGCGGCUUCAGGACCUGGAGCUCACUGCCCGCUUCCUGGGAGCCAGCACCGACACCACGCUGCUGGAGGCCCAGGCCGUGCUGUUGGGCCCGCUGGACGGACGGGAGCACCAGAAUCGCGACUGAAGCCAUGCAACGGAACUGGACUGACACCAGACAGGGGUUUGAGGUAGAGGAGCUGGGUCUCCUGCAGGAGGUGGAGGGUCGGACUGUGGACCGCACAGGUGGAUUCAGGUGGACUCUGUUGCUGAAAUAUUCUGAAACUGUGUGUACGGACGCUCAGGUGUGCCCGAAAUAAUCAUUAUUUGUAAAUAAAUAAAAUUUCCUUUGACUCUGAAUUGAACUUGAUUGUCUUGUCAUGUCACUUUUUACUGUUGAAACAGAAUGACCCCUGACCCUUAAGCCACGGUCACACGAAAGGGUUGAACAGCUGAUGGUUUGUUUCAUGAACCUGAACCUGCACUUGGUUUAUCACAGCCGAGGUCAUUAAAACACCGUUUGUGAGCAUUAAGGAGGUCAAACAGCUUCAGAUUAUCUACGGCUGCUUCUGCUGUCACGGUGAGGAGGAGGAGCAGAGCCUCUGAAGGUCUGCAGGGCAGAAAAUGUUUUAUACGGCUCAGUGAAUGUUUGAAGGGUCGAGCUCAGAGAAAGUUUCAGCAGACACAAAGACGCAACAGAGGAACGAUGGCUGAUCA